AUGUUCCGCUCUUCCGCUCUGUUGUCUCUGCUGCUCCUCGCCAUCGGCGGUUACGCGACCCCGGUUGUGCGUGAGCCCUCCCCCGUCAAGCUACCGUUCGCGGUCAGGUUCAACAACGGCACCAAUGGCGCCUUGAACAUCAUCGAGGCCGACCGCGCUCGCAUCAACCUCAUCAAAGAGCAGGGUGCCGCGCUCGCUGAGAAGCACGAGAACGUGCACAAGCGCGCAUCCUACUCUGUUAGCGUCACCAACGAGGCUGUCACCUACAUCGCCAGCAUCGGCGUCGGCAGCCCUGCCACCUCCUACGACCUGAUCAUCGACACCGGUUCGAGCAACACCUGGGUCGGUGCUGGCAAGUCUUACGUCAAGACUAGCACGUCUAGCUCUACCGGAAAGUCUGUCUCCGUGAGCUACGGCUCUGGUUCCUUCUCCGGUACCGAAUACACCGACACCGUGACCAUCUCGUCCAACCUGGUCAUCACCAAGCAGUCCAUCGGUGUUGCCUCCAGGUCCUCCGGCUUCUCUGGUGUCGAUGGUAUCCUCGGCAUUGGUCCUACCGUCCUCACCGAGGGCACUCUCAGCGGCUCCUCGACCACCGAGAUCCCGACCGUUACCGACAAUCUGUACUCCCAGGGCACGAUCUCGACCGCCGCUGUCGGCGUCUACUUCGCCCCCACCACCGUUGAGGAGACCACCAACGGCGAGCUCACCUUCGGCGGUGCGGACACCAGCAAGUACACCGGUACGCUCAGCUACGUCUCCUUGACGAGCACCUCGCCGGCCAAGUACUACUGGGGUAUCAACCAGUCGAUCAAGUACGGCUCGACCUCGAUCCUCAGCUCCACCGCUGGUAUCGUCGACACCGGCACCACCCUCAUCUACAUCGCCACGGACGCGUACAACAAGUACAAGUCCGCGACCGGCGCCACGCUCGACAGCGCGACCGGCUUGCUGCGCAUCACGACCUCGCAGUACAACAGCCUCUCCAACCUCGUCUUCACCAUCGGCAGCAAGACCUACACCCUCACUCCGAACGCGCAGAUCUGGCCGCGCUCGCUCAACUCGUACAUCGGCGGCUCGUCCUCGUACGUCUACCUCGUCGUGAACGACAUCGGCUCCAACACAGGAUCCGGUCUCGACUUCAUCGACGGCUACACCUUCCUCGAGCGCUUCUACACCGUGUACGACACCACCAACAGCCGCUUCGGUAUCGCGACCACCGCACAGACCACUGCCACCACCAACUAA